AUGAACGGUUUGGCGCCCACUUAUCUCGGGAUCCGGUGCAGUACAGUCGAGCUAUUCGCAGUGAUUGAUGCCGCGCCACACGUAGCAGUUGCCACUGCAACACUCAGCUUGAAUAUGGCAGAAAUGGGUCGAAGGAAGGCAUUUCAUGCAUCUGCCACGACGGAAGAUGGUCCGGUUGCACACCAGCUUUCCGCAGCACUCAGAGUCGCCAGUAUAGCAGAAGCCGCCCCGACGAACACAGUUGACUUUUGA